CAACGAUUACUAAACGAUUCAAACGUGAUCCCGAGUCCUAUUACUCUUCCAUCCGUUCUGAGUCAACGCGUGAGAAUUCAGUGCGGGAGCGGAUGAGUUUGGAGAUAUCUCCGGCGAUAAGGUUCCCGCCGAUGAGACCCCGGAAUCCCUAGGCUUAUUGUCAAGAUGCCUUGGCUAUCAAAGAGAAACUGUAAUAAAUGCCAUUACUUCGGUGAGAGAAAACACCUUUUGUGGAGUUUGUGUUUUUAUCCUAUUGCCUUCGCAAGCAGAUGUUAGAUCAAUAGUUGGAAAAGCUUGAGGAGGUUGUAAUUUAGUACUAAGUAUUGAAGGGAUGGCUCCAGUUCGAUCAACAGGGCUCACUGAUCCUGGAUGGGAACAUGGUGUUGCUCAAGAUGAGAAGAAGAAAAAAGUAAAAUGCAAUUAUUGUGGGAAGAUAGUAAGCGGAGGCAUAUAUAGGUUGAAGCAACAUAUAGCUAGAAUUUCUGGUGAAGUCACUUACUGUAAGAAAGCUCCUGAGGAUGUUUAUUUGAAAAUGAAGGAAAAUCUGGAAGGAAAUCGAGCUGCCAAAAGACAACGUCAAUCAGAGGAUGAUGAGCAUUCUUUUGAUCUGCACUCUAAUGAUGAAUACGAUGAGGAGGAAGAGCAUGUUGGUUAUAGAUUGAAGGGGAAGCAGGUCAAAGGCGAUCAAAGCAUUGUCGUUAACAUGAGUCCUCUUCGAUCAAUGGGAACAUUCGUUGACCCCGGAUGGGAACAUGGAGUCGCUCAAGACGAGAAAAAGAAAAAGGUCAAAUGCAACUAUUGUGAUAAAAUAGUUAGUGGUGGUAUAAAUCGUUUCAAACAACAUUUAGCCAGGAUUCCUGGAGAGGUUGCAUACUGUAAGAUGGCUCCUGAGGAAGUGUACCUUCAGAUGAAAGAAAAUAUGAAAUGGCAUCGAACUGGAAGGAGGAGGCGGCCUGAAGCUAAAGAAGCUGCUGCAUUCUAUGCGCAUUUGGAAAAUGAUGAUCAUGAUGAACUUGCAAAUGGCAAAACCAAAGUAAAAUGCUUGGUCGGGGAUAAAGAUAUUCCGUACCGCAAGGGAAUGAGGAGACGAUCAAGAGGAAGGUCAUGUACAGUUGCUAGUGGCACAGAGCUACAAAUGAGGCAUUUUAAUGUUGAUUCUGUUUUCCCAAGGACAGAGACGGGUCAUAUACCACAGCAAUGCCAACAGUCAAAAGGGAAGGUGGCGACUGAUAAAAAGGGUCGUAAGGAAGUAAUAGCUGCAAUUUGCAAAUUUUUUUAUCAUGCAGCAAUUCCUUUUGACGCUGCCAACUCACCAUAUUUCCAUAAGAUGUUGGAGUUGGUUAGUCUAUAUGGACGAGGAUUGAAGGGUCCUUCAAGCAAGCAAUUAUCUGGCCGAUUUCUUCAUGACGAAGUCUUAAAUAUCAAACAAAAUCUUGUAGAAAUCAAGGCUUCUUGGACUAUUACUGGUUGUAGUGUUAUGGCUGAUAGCUGGAAAGAUUUGCAUGGUAGGACACUAAUCAAUUUCUUAGUUUCUUGCCCAAGGGGAAUACACUUUAUAUCUUCAAUGGAUGCCUCAGAUAUAGUAGAUGAUGUAACAAAUCUUUUCAACUUGCUAGACAAAGUUGUUGAGGAUAUUGGUGAAGAAAAUGUUGUGCAGGUAAUCACUGAAAAUACUCCCUGUUAUAUGGCUGCUGGCAAGAUGCUAGAGGAGAAAAGGAGGAAUUUGUUUUGGACACCUUGUGUGGUGUCUUGCAUUGAUCAAAUACUUGAGGAUUUACUGAAGAUAAGGUGGGUGGCAGACUGCAUUGACAACAGUCAAAAGAUUACGAAGUUUAUUUAUAACCGGGCCUGGUUACUGAAUCUUAUGAAAAGAGAAUAUACAUCUGGGAGGAACCUUCUCAAACCAGCUAUUGCAAGGUAUGCCACUAGUUUUUCAGCACUAGAGAAUUUGCUUGAACAGAAGGCUGCUCUCAAAAGGAUGUUCCAAUCAAGCCAAUGGAUUUCAUCCCCAUCAGCAAAAUCUGAUGAUGGUAAAGAGGUUGAAAAGAUUGUCUGGAGUCCAACAUUUUGGAAGAAGAUGCAGUUUGUAAAGAAAUCUGUGCAACCGGUUUUGUAUCUGCUAACAAAGGUGGAGAAUGGUGAGGGAUUAUCAAUGCCAUGUAUUUAUAAUGAAAUAUAUCAAACUAAGCUUGCUAUCAGAAACAUCCAUAGUGAUGACGAGAGGAAAUACGGUCCAUUCUGGAAUGUUAUACAAAGCUAUUGGAAAUCCUUGUUCCAGCAUCCUCUAUAUGUUGCGGCAUAUUUCCUGAAUCCAUCUUUUAGAUAUCGUUCGGAUUUUAUGGCGGAUCCAGAGGUCAUCCGUGGUCUUAAUGAAUGCAUAACCCGAUUGGAACCAGAUAAUGGAAGAAGGGUUACCGCUGCUGCUCAAAUUUCUGAUUUUGUUUUUGCCAAAGCUGAUUUUGGAACUGAACUGGCUUUAAGUACAAGAACAGAGCUGGACCCAGCUGCUUGGUGGCAACAACAUGGGAUAAAUUGCUUGGAACUACGACGAAUUGCAAUACGGAUAUUGAGCCAGACAUGCUCGUCCUUUGGCUGUGCACACAAUUACAGCACACUUGAUCAUUGUUAUAACACAAGGCGCAACCGCGUGGCUCAAAAAAGAUUAAACGAUUUUGCUUUUGUCCAUUACAACCUGCGUCUCAGGGAACGGCAACUAAAGAGAAUUGCAGAUGACUCCAGAUCACUUGACAAUGUACCAUUCUCAGAUAGUUUUUUAGACGACUGGAUUGUCGAGCCUGAGAAACCAGCACAACAAGAAGACGAGGACACCCUUUCCUAUGAAAUGGAUUACACAGAUAUAUACAUAAAUGAGAACGAAAGUCCAGUUGCCGAAUCUACCAAGGCUCAUGCAGACAAUGCCGCAUUACACGAACUUAGUGUUCCGGUAGAGGCUCAUCCUGUGAGUAUCAUCGCUGCAAGCGAUGAAGAUGAUGAUGAUCAUGAUUUCCUCGAUGAGGACUUGAGUGACUAGCUUAUAUUAAUCUGUCUCAUUAUACUCAUUAUAGUUACUCUCCUGAAUGUAUAUCUAUUCCGAUGAACUUCAUUCUUAGAUAUGAGUCCGAAAAUUCAGAAAUAUGUACAAGCACUGCAACUGAUCCAUCAUACAUGAAACUUCCUUCUUAA